AUGUCACGAGACUCGAUGCUGGUUAGACUGGCAGGGAAUUUGCCACCAAUCGCCAGAGUGUAUGCGUUGGUCCUUCUGCUGAUAUUACUACCUUUUGCCCGUGGACUUUACAAACGGUACUCUUCUCCUUUGAGAAAAUACCCCGGUCCCUUCGUGGCGUCCUGCUCGAGACUAUGGAGGGCGUGGAUCACGUACAACGGCCACAGCGAGCAUGACCACAUCGAUGUUCAUCGCAAAUACGGCCCCAUCGUCCGCACAGGUCCGAACGAGUUAUCUUUCGCGUCAGCAGAUGCCGCCAGGGAUAUCUUCACCGUUGGAAGGGGGGUGCAGAAGACAGGUUUCUACUGGGUGUUCCCUCCUGCAGAGAAUCCGGACGUCUUUACCGAGAUCCGAGAAUGGAAACACGCUCAAAUGAAGAGAUUUACGGUCCAGCCGUAUAGUCUUUCGUCGUUGCAGAAAAUGGCGCCUUCGAUCGAAAGCGUCGAACAAGAACUUUUCGCGAAAUUCGAUGGCUUUUGCGAAUCCCCUGAAGGAAUAUGCGACCUGGGGGACUAUUUGCAUUACUUUUCUUUUGAUGUACCUGGCGAGAUUGCAUUCUCUCAUCGAUACGGCUUCGUAGGGACAGGCACAGACGUCGAGGGAUGCAUCAGGUUCAUCGACAACGUGCAGUUCUACGACGGGCUCAUCGGCCAAGUCCCGUGGUUCCAUUAUCUGCUCUUGCUAAAUCCGCUCUUGACACGUAUUCCAGGCCUAGGUCUUAAGGAGAUGCUCCUAACCCGAAUGGCAAAAGCAGAACUCCAGAGCAGGCUCAAAGUCGGCAACAACGGUAGACCAAGUGGUGGACAGGAUGACCUGCUGGCGCAGUUGAUGCAGGGUCAUGAACGUGCCCCGGACAAGUUUAGCCUGACCGAUGUAUUCUCGGUCGCCCAUGGAGCCAUCGGUGCCGGCUCCGACUCAACCGCUUCGACCAUGCAGUCCUUUUUUUAUUUCUUGCUCAACUCUCCACGCUCUUACGAAAAAGUCCUCGCUGAACUCGACAAGGCUCACGGCGCUGACAACCUCUCCGACCCCGUCACGUUCGCCGAAGCCCAAGAGCUGCAGUACUUCCAAGCCUGUCUGAGCGAAGCUAUGCGUCUCCGUCCCGCCGUCGGCCUACCAAUGUACCGCAAACUCCCGCCCGGAGGCAUGCACAUCAACGGACAACACUACCCUGGCGGUCUCGAGGUGGCUGUGAACGGCUGGGUCGUUCACCGAGAUAAGUCUGUCUUUGGCCACGACGCGGAUGAAUACCGCCCCGAACGCUGGCUCGAGCCAAACGCCAAAGAGAUGCAGAGACACAUGUACCAGUUUGGCGGAGGAAGCCAUUUAUGCUUGGGUAGGAAUCUGGCACUGUUGGAAAUGAACAAGUUGCUUCCACGCUUACUGAGGAGAUAUCAUUUCGAGCUUCUCCAUCCUGGGAGGCCGUUGAAGCACCACACGACCUUUUUCGUCGUCCAGUCGGGCUUGGAAGUUCGCAUGUCGAGGAGAAAGGUUGACUGAUCUCAACCAGGGAUGGUGGUGAUGCGACUCGAUAUCAGUCACGGUGUAAAGUUUACGUUAACGCAAAAGGCCUCCCAUUUCAAGUUCAUAUUUUGCUCCUUGUGUAGGUUACUCAUACUAUUGGC